CUCUCAGGGUAGUUCUCAGGGUCUUUAUUAAGGUGUUUGUAAAGAAUUUUGCAGCAUUACUUUGCAAGCUGGGGUCACUCGCUUCGAUCCCUUUAUUUGACAGGAAGUGAAGCAGGAGAGUCUAACAUAGGCUUUUUCAAUCGCGCUUCAGCCACUAUUUUUGGCUCAAUCCCGCCCCAGUCAUAAUGUUUGUUUCGAUUUUAUCUGGUUAGAGUCGCAGUUUUCCACACAACAUCCGUAUCUUGUAAUUUUCCGUUUUUCAUACCGCAUCCCACCGUCAAUUUUAAAACUGUCCUUCACCCCACCUGUCAACAUGAUCAAAUCUCUCUCCCGCCGAAGUAUUUUUUAUCCCGCAUCCUGCCAUUAAAAUUUCUACCAUCCCGAUUCCUGCCUCCAAUUUUACUCUUAUCCCGCAAACUGUCAAACCUAUGUUGGACCCUCAAGCGGGUCAACAACCCUUUUCACGAUUACGUAUAUUUUUUUAGGUCCCCAUGACAGCGUUUAUGUAUUUUCGCUCUAUUUAUUUCAUUGUUUAUGCAUGAGCGUUUGUGUAAAAUCACUGGCAAACAUUAAAAUUAUAAUGGAAUGUCUGUGAUAUUGCUGAAGUGACUGACAAUAAAUAACAUGCCCUGAUGCGUUUUGUAUCAUUUUACACUGGCUUCGACGAAACUAUGAUGACGCGACCCCGUUUCUCCUACAGUUUCGUUUUCUUGAUGUUCAUUUCUAUAGUGCGUGGCAUAACACAGUGCCCCGCUCAAGGAAUUUUCAAGUCUUACACAUGUCCCAGGUUCUUCGACCCUGCUGAACGGACCCGUUGUUGUUUUUGGAAUGGUCCAGCAUGCUGUCUGCCCGGAGGUACUACAUGUAGAGACAACGCCGCUUCCGUCCGAAAUUAUUGCCCAGGCCCAAACGAUGGAAAGAAUGAUAAAGUCUGCUGUACGAUUAAUAACGAGGGAAAGUGUUGCAGCGUUGGGCUCUUGGCUGCGAUCCUAGGGGGAGUUUUUGGUUUCGUUGUUCUAGUUCUACUUGUCGUGUUCUGUGUGUGCUGGUUUUCGUCGAGGUGUCCGCUGAACAAUUAUAGAAGCAGAAGAAGGCAGAUGCAAAACACAGCUGCUGCUCCUCCCCCUACUGUAUUUCCACGGUGGCCCCCCGGAAACAACUGAUGCCCUGGCUGAUCGCUUCGCCCGGAAUGGAUUCAAGGACGGUUUGCUAUCCGGGAAAUGGCCCAAGAAUUUGAUUUAGUUUGAUUUAGUUUUCCUUUUGGCCAGUUGCUCCACAUUUAAGUAGUAUAUUUGUCAGGCUUAAAAUACAGAGGCCUUCAGAAAUAAAGAAACUUAAACUGAUCUAUGUGAUUUCGAGUCUCAAUUGUCCCAUAACACGGCCUGUUUCAAACAGUCGUUUGUGCUGCUCCCGGUGGAGGAAGGGGUACUCUACGUGAAACUUUUAUACCUGAAGGCUGCGUCCUGAGGUCCAACCCGGCCCCUCGCCCUUUUGUAUACCAUUUUGGCAGGAAAGUUAUCCCUUUCAUCAUAUAGGCGAAUCUUUGCUGACGUCAUUGUUUACAUUUUUCCUCAUUAGCAUACGACUUGACUCAUAGAAGCCGUGGCCGUAUAUAUGACCUAAAUGCAAAAGUUGAAAAAGUUGAUUAAGUUGAGCAAUUUGUGCAAUUUCCAGCUCUUUGCAAGCAAUAUUGAAGGAAAUAUCAGCCAUCAAAAAUUGUGAAAUUGCUGUGUGGCAAAAAAGUUAAUGAGCCAUACAUUUUUCUGUAAAAUUUCGAAUUUUUAGAAGAGAAUUUCUCUGAAACCAUUCCGUUUAUUGGGCUCAAAUUUUCAGAGAUAAAUGAAACUGUU